CUUCGCGGCAGCAACGAUGCGAAGGCGGUUCGUCGCUGAGGCCGUUGCUUCACGUCGCCCAUUGUGAACUGCAUUCGCCCCGUGAGCCAGAGCUGCUGCGACUCGAUCAUCUGGAGGCACUCGAGCACAAGUCCGCGGCCGAGCGCAACUCGUACUCGAUGAUGGAGAACUUUCACAGCCCCGUGCCACCGCCGCUCCCGCGACGCCAUGUCCGGCUUCCGCCACCGCAGCAGCAGGUGACAGUUGGCUCUCUAGGUGGUGGUUUGGGGGCAGCCGCUGGAAAUGGUGGCACAGACACAGUGGGCGCUCAAGGUCAAGCCAUGGUAAUGCCAGGAUUUCCACUUCGGGCUGCAGCGGUGCCGCAUUAUUCACCGUAUUCGCCGUCACGUUUUCACAUCGACAAACGGUGCCAGCACAAAUGCUCCUGGAAGUGUUUCUCAAUCGCACUGAUCCUCCUUGCUGUUGCGCUGACAGCGAUGCUGGCUUACUUUGCCACAGUGAGCUCCAUGCGGCCGAUAGACAGCACGAAAUGCGUGGUGGUCCAAGACGUGAAGGCUGUCACUCAUGAGAACGCGCACGUUCACGACCCGAUAUCAACGCAAAUACCCACCGAAGAGUCGCUGCCGACGAGUACAGCAGAGCACUCGAGUGCGUCGGAUAGCGCCGGCGACCAACAGAGCGAUCCUCAGAUUCAGCAAUCCGCACAGCAAUGGCCGGCAGUGCUCGAGUUGCAGGCGUACAACGUGGCCCACUCGGCCGUGAUCCUGCCAUACCAUUUCUGGAACACCGAGUUCCGAAACAAGCAACCCGCCUUUAUCCGAUUGAACCUUACUCUACCCUGGGGUGCGAACUUCGCUGUCUACGGAAGACGAAAUGUCGCUCCAAGUGUCACACAAUACGAUUUUGUGGAGUUCGUGAAAGGUGGUAGAGUAGAUCAUAGGCUGAAAAGAGAUACAAGUUCGGAGGCGGUCAGUUUCAUGAAAACAGCUGCAACAGAGGCUCGAUCUAGUGACAAUCGCUCAUACCAACACGUGCUGAUCAAGAGAACGAUUGUAGAACCGAUGAUGGUGAACGUUAGCUUACUUCAGUAUCUGGAUACUGGACGUUGGUUUUUGUCGGUGUAUAACGAUGAGUUGCAGUCAUACAAGGUUACUCUGGUUGUGACCGAAGCCGAAGGUGUAUCGACUACUUGCCCUAACGACUGCUCUGGAAGAGGAUCAUGUUAUCUUGGAAAGUGCGACUGCAUAGAUGGGUAUCAGGGUGCAGAUUGCAGCAAGAGCGUGUGCCCCGUACUGUGCUCAUCUCAUGGACAAUAUGGUGGAGGUAUGUGUCACUGCGAAGAUGGCUGGAAAGGUGCCGAAUGUGAUAUACCGUUAGGAGACUGCCAAGUUCCUGAUUGCAAUCAACAUGGACAGUGCGUUAGAGGAUCGUGUGUUUGUAAUCCUGGUUGGAAAGGCGCCUUCUGUGAUGAACCUGAUUGUCCCGAUCCCAACUGCAGUGGCCAUGGGGCCUGCGUUGCUGGCAAAUGCUACUGCAAAGCAGGCUGGCAAGGUGAAAGGUGCAACCAGGUCGACCAGCAGGUAUACCAAUGUCUGCCUCGUUGCUCAGACCACGGCACGUACGACCUCGAAUCCGGAAGCUGCAUCUGCGAGGGACACUGGACCGGUGUGGACUGUUCACAACCAAGCUGUGGCCUCGAUUGUGGACCACACGGAACCUGCGAACAAGGUUUUUGCAAAUGCAACGAUGAUUGGACUGGAACCAAAUGUGACCAGAAACCGUGCGAUCCACGUUGCGCGGAGCAUGGUCAAUGCAAGAAUGGAACUUGCGUUUGCAGUCAAGGAUGGAAUGGUCGACAUUGCACGCUGCCCGGAUGCGAGAACGGAUGUAGUCGCCAUGGACUAUGCACCCUGCAAGAUGGCGAAUACAGUUGCGAAUGUUCAACAGACUGGGCGGGCAGGGAUUGCAGUAUACGAUUGGAAAUGAAAUGUAAUGAUCUUACUGAUAACGAUCAGGAUGGCAUGAUGGACUGUUCUGACAGCGAGUGCUGCUCGCACGUAGUUUGCGCAGAUCAUAUCAUGUGCCUUACUAGUAAUAAUCCCGUGGACGUCCUUCUCCGCAAACAACCGCCCAGCGUGACCGCGUCCUUUUACCAGCGCGUGAAAUUCCUCAUUGAGGAGAACAGCGUACAAAGCUACGCUCGUAUGAACGAUUACACCGAAAGUACGUUCUGGAGUUCCUUUACACCGCGUCGAGUUGCUGUGAUGCGAGGACAAGUUGUAACCGAACAAGGAAUUGGAAUAAUAGGCAUCAGGGUGUCCGUGGACAGGGAGUCCCGUUUAGGAUUCACGUUGACGAGAGCUGAUGGAUGGUUUGACGUGCUGGUGAACGGAGGCGGUGCGGUGACGCUUCAGUUCCAACGUAGCCCCUUCAAACCCCUCACGAGGACGGUGUUCGUGCCGUGGAAUCAAAUAGUGGUUCUGCCUCCCGUGGUGAUGACCCUUAACAAGGAAGGCGAGUCCAAUAAAUCCAACCAACCACCGAGUCCGGCUGUCGGCUUCCCAGGGAUAUCGAUGGGACUAUUUAGUGAACAUGGCCCAUGCCUGGAGCACGAUCACGAGUUGUUAAGGCCCAUUAUCGUUAGCACUUGGAUGCCGGAGAAGGUGGGCGGUCUUCCAGGCAAAAGUUUGGUGUUCGCAGAAAGUCAGAUCGUCCAAGAAAGCAUUGCUAUUCCUGGCUCGAACUUACACUUGAUGUAUCAGAGUAGUCAGGCGGCUGGCUACUUAUCAACGGUGAGAAUGCAGUUGACCGGCCCAUUCAUCCCCAAGUCGCUGACGCAUGUGCACGUGCACGUAGAGAUUGAAGGAUCAUUGCACACGAAGACCUAUGAAGCAGAUCCAAAUUUAACGCAUACGUUCGCCUGGAAUAAGCGGAACGUUUAUAAACAGAAAGUAUACGGUGUAGCACAAGCAAGAAUCUCGAUUGGCUAUCAACAUUCCACUUGUCCAGCGGUGAUAUGGGAGAUCCAGACAGCCACGUUGCAAGGCUUCGACGUUGAUAUCUCAGAUAUUGGAGGGUGGGGAUUAGAUAUCCACCAUCAUUACAACUUUCACGAAGGUAUACUUCAAAAGGGAGAUGGUACCACUUUGCAUUUCAAGCAGUAUCCUCGCACGGUGAAGGUAGUAAUGGGUACAGGACUGCAAAGAAAUUUAGUGUGCCAAGAUUGCGAUGGUUUGGCUAAGGAUGCUAGGUUGUUGACGCCGGUAGCGCUUACCAGUGGCCCAGAUGGAAGCAUUUAUGUGGGUGAUUUCAAUCUGGUCCGCAGAAUUACACCUAAAGGAAAUGUAUAUACUGUUUUAACAUUGAGUGCAACUCAAGUGGCUUAUGAAUAUUACCUCUGCGUUUCCCCGGCGGACGGUCACUUGUAUAUCAGUAACCCUGAGAAACAUCAAAUAUUGAAAACUCUGGCCUUGGAAAACGUUACACAACCCAACAUCAACAUCGAGCCUGUAGUUGGAAGUGGAGAAAGAUGUAUUCCUGGUGACGAAAGUCAUUGCGGUGACGAAGGUCCUGCCAUUCGUGCAAAAUUAGCUCAUCCAAAAGGAAUUGCCAUUGCUGCUGAUAAGACCAUGUACAUUGCUGACGGAAGAAACAUACGCGCGGUUGAUCCCCACGGUAUCAUUCAUACAUUAGUGGGACACCAUGGACAUCAUAAUCACUGGUCUCCAGCACCCUGUGUCGGCGCUAUACCCGCUCAUCAAGCCCAACUCCAAUGGCCAACUGGAUUGACCUUAAGUCCUCUGGAUGGGUCUCUGCACUUCAUCGACGACAGACUCGUCUUGAAACUCACCAGUGACUUAAAGGUCCGCGUAGUAGCAGGAACACCGCUGCAUUGUACUAGUAAUACUAAUACCAACGGAAAUAAUAAUGACAGUGAUAUAAAGAAAGUGAAUCUAACGACUACGACCACUCCAAAGAAAUCUGAUGAAGUUCUUGGUUCUGUACUUGCUGUCAGCUUUAGCCCAACUGGUGAACUUUACAUAGCAGAAAGCGACUCACACAGAGUGAACUCUAUUAAAAUUGUAGACAGUUCUGGAAAAAUGUCUCAUUUUGCUGGGCAACAGCAAAAACGAUUACGUGGCCAAUGCGAAUGUAAUAAUACCACUCCAAGUACCAAAGAUCUGGAAAGUUGUUCAUGUACUGAUGAUACCAGUAGUACAGAGACUUUGCUCUCAUCAAAUGCCAAAUUCACCACAAUUUCUGCUUUGGCCGUGUCACCAGAUGGGGUCCUACAUGUGGCUGAUCAAGGUAGCCUGCAUAUUCUUGCGCUGCAACCUUAUCUUCCAAAUCACGAUGAAAGUGGAGAGUUCCAUAUUCCUUUCCCACCGUUAAACGAGGUGUACGUGUUCAAUCGUUACGGUCAACACAUUUCCACAAAGGACUUAACGUCUGGCAAGACUCGUUAUUCGUUCUUGUAUAGUAAAAAUACCAGUUUUGGGAAGUUAUUCACGGUGACGGAUAGUGCUGGAAAUAAGAUUCAAUUCUUAAGGGAUUAUAGCAGCGUAGUUAGUUCUAUAGAAAAUACACAAGAUCAUAAAUCCGAACUGAAUAUUUCUGCAGUUGGCUUUUUGGAAAAGCUCUCCGAACGAGGAAGAGCUGAAAUAGCACUUGCAUAUGAUGGCUCAACUGGAUUACUGACAAGUAGAUCAGGAGGUGGCGAAACGUAUAUUUACAAUUACGAUAGUUUGGGCCGUGUUACCAACGUCAUUCUACCCACUGGUGAAAAAUUGAAACUAUCUUCGGAUCUAUCUGAUGAUGAAGGUUUAUCAGUGAAGGUAUCAGCUCCGCUUCAAGCUUUGUCGAAAGGAGAUAAGCAGAGGAUCAUCGAAUUCAAAAUGAAGAAUGAAAGAUCGAAGAUGUUAACGAUUACUGAUGGUACUAAAAUGAAGAAAGCGAUCGCCUUCACUAACAGCAGUCUAGAAGUUCUUCUUCCUGGUGGUGGUAGAGUCUUAAGUGCAGCCACAACUAAACAUCCUCUCCUAGAAGCUGCAUUACCAGUGGAGGCUGAAAUGUUACCAAUGUGGAGUUAUCAAUUAAUGUCUUUAGGCGAACUAACCAACACUAUGACUACUACUUAUAAUCUAGUCGGUGACGUUAGCCAUUUGCAACAGACUUUGAAUAGAGAGAUCUGGGUGAACGACACUCGCGUGAUUAGCGUAGAAUUUGAGCAAGCAUUCAGCCGAGAAACUUUCUACGAUAAAGCAAGAAAUCCAUUAUUAACGGUCACCUUUGAUCCCGCUGGUCUACCUUUGAUCUGGCAACCACAUGAACAAGGCUAUAAUCUUAGUAUUACAUACGAUAGGUUCAAUCGGAUAGAAAGCUGGAAAUGGGGUCCGUCAGAUGAAUCGUAUGGAUACGAUCGUCAUGGACAAUUGGCUGAAGUCACUAAUAGUCAAGAUGGAACUAAACGAUAUACCUAUAACGAUUUCAAUAUGUUAUCCAACAUUACUCUGGCCAGUGAUAGACACUUCACCUUACAAUAUGACGACGACGGUGGAUUACGCCAUAUCAUCCUCCCAUCAGGAACUAAACAUUCGUUCUCGUGUCAAGCUUCUCUAGGCUUUCUUAGAGUAACUUACACUCCACCAGGUAGCAGCAGAGCUUACCUCCAACACUAUAGUCACGAUGGGAAUUUGUUACAAACUGUUUUUCCUGUUGAUGGAGCUCACAUUGUAUAUAGGUAUCAUACAUCAGGACAGCUUGCUGAAGUCGUCCAUGGUGACGGAAAAAGUGAAAUUAGAUAUACUGAAAGUGGUCUACCUUCAGAAGUAAUCCACUCUGAACGAGAUGUAGAAUACAAAUGGGACUAUCAAUAUAGCGCUGGUCUAUUAGUGGAAGAACGUAUAGAUUUUGGUGCAAAAACUGGCCUCAGUAAUGCCAAAUUCACGUUCGAUUAUGACUCGAACUUUAGAUUGAUCAACGUGCAAGGUAGAAUUGGUGGUCAAACUCUUCCAGCUCAUGCCAUGGCAUAUAGUCCCAGAACAGGUAUGCUUGAACAAAUUGGACAGUUCAAGGUAACCAAACCUCAGCCUAAUGAAACCACUGUAUUCGAUGGAACUGCUUUAUUUUCGAGAAUCACAGAUGAUAGAUUUUUAGAGACCCAAGCGACGUUAACGAUUCAUCAAUUAGAGGUCUUCAGGAUGGAGUUCACGCAUAAUAAUCACGGUCGUAUUAAUCAGACCAGAACCUACACCCGCAAUGUUGCAGUUAAUACUUAUACUAAUGUGAAGAAUUACACUUGGGACUGUGAUGGCCAAUUGACUGGAGUUGAAGCUCAAGAACCAUGGGGAUUCAAGUAUGAUGCGAAUGGAAACAUGCUGUCACUAACGUACAGAGGGAAUACUAUACCUAUGGAGUACAAUAGCCUUGAUAGGAUAGUUAAAUUCGGUGAAGGACUGUAUAAGUAUGAUAGCAGAGGUAUGGUAGUACAAAAUGCCAGAGAAGAGAGGUUCACCUACAACGCCAAAGGACUUUUAGUUCGAACUACUAAACGUGGACGAUUUGACGUUCGAUAUUACUAUGAUCAUUUAGAUCGAUUGGCUACUAGAAAAGAUAAUUAUGGAAAUGUUACCCAGUUCUUUUAUAACAAUCAAAAACGUCCUCAUGAAGUAAAUCAGAUAUACAGUCCACGAGAUGGUAAAUUGAUGUCAUUGGUAUACGAUGACAGAGGACAUUUGAUUUAUGCUCAAGUUUAUCGGCACAAAUAUUAUAUCGCCACCGAUCAGUGUGGAACUCCAAUCAUGAUUUUUAGCCAGUAUGGCGAAUGCAUUAGGGAAAUCAUGAGAUCGCCCUAUGGACAUAUCGUUUACGACUCAAAUCCUUAUUUGUAUUUACCCGUUGACUUUUGCGGAGGUCUUUUAGAUCAAGUAACGUCAUUGGUGCACAUGCCAAACGGCAAAGUUUAUGAUCCACUGAUAGGUCAGUGGCUGUCUCCUUUGUGGGAGAAUGUUCUGGACAGAGUGGCCACUCCAACGCAUUUGCAUCUAUACAGGUUCAAUGGAAACGAUCCUAUUAAUGUUAGGCAUGCAGACCGACCAAACCUACCAACUGACCACAUAUCAUGGCUAUUGCACCUUGGCUACGACCUGAAGAACCUUGCUCCACAACUGUUCCCCGAAGAGCUACCAGACAGUCUUGUUCCUCCAGCCCUGGGCCCUGGCACCUCUAUAUUCGGCAAAAAGAAAAGAACUAGGAAUCUCGGCGUUCAAUCCGGUUUUCUAGCCUAUAUCGCACAAAGACACUCCGGAGACGCCGUCAGCUUAUCAGCACCACCUCGUUCAGCCUUAAAGAAGGAUACCAGCGAUCUGAUACCCAGUCGUCUAGGUGCAGCUGCAGAUCCUCCAUUUGGAAAAGGAAUCUUGGUAUCGAGGACUGCGGAUGGACAAGCAGUGGUAUCCAGUGUACCAACUGCUAACGCCAUCUAUGGCGACGUGUUCACCUCGGUAUUCAACAGAUCAUAUUUCCUGCCAUUCACAUUCGUUUUGCACAGUCCCCAACAAGACGCCUUCUACUUCGUAAAAGAGGAAACUUGGCGUGCCAGUGAAGAUCGUGGUCAAUUAAAGCGUCUGGGAGGUCAAGUGAAUACGACCAUCCAUGAAAAUGAGAAUGGAAGUGGAAGCAGCUCGUUGAUAGACGUGAAGAUACAUGGUGCCAGUUACAUAGUGAACCUGCGUUACGGCACCACUGCCGAGAAAGAGAAACAAAGACUGCUCCAUCAUGCUAAAACGACCGCCAUCCGCAAAGCCUGGCAUAGACAACGCGAGGCACUGAAGGCUAACAUGCCAACAGCCAUAGAAUGGAUGGUAGCUGAACAAGAUGAAAUUCUAAAGUCCGGAUUCGCGUCCAAUUACGAGGGCGAGUACAUUCAUGACGCACAGUUAUAUCCGGAGCUAGCGGAGGAUCCAUAUAACAUCCGAUUUGUGAAGAAGGCAGUCGAUCCAUCAAGCAAGAAGCGACGCAGGAGGAGAGGUGCGCCUACUUGCAAACUGUGGUGGCUGGACAAAAUCUGCUAAUCGAAUUGAACUACCAUUAAACCAGGGAGCCCUACUCUCCUGACACACGCCGUUGCUGGCAGAAUUGUCCAAUCGUCAGAUGCAACAGGAAUUUCCGAAUGGGCGAAAAUGGAGCGUGUGAUGUACUGAAAAAGUAAGAAGUGGGUUAAGAAUGGAUCAAAGAAAAAAUGGAAAGAGGAUCGAGCUGCAAGAAGCUGCAGUCCUCCAUAUGAACGUACUGAACACUAUCAAAAGAAACAAAAAAAAAAAGUUUUAUACCAAAGUCUAUUUGUGUAUUUCGAAGAUGCCAAAAACAUUUAACGUUAUAUCGAUUAUAUUGUACCGCGAUUUAGGGUGUAGUGUGUAAGCAUCUCGGAGAGAAUGUUUAUCCGCGCGCGACCGUGCUAUCCACGACUCGCGUCUCUCGCGGACCAGCAGAGCAUUGUUGUCGUCGACCAUCUUAGGAGAAUGAAAUACGUUCCGGAAAGCUCUCAUCCUUGCAGUGGCCAUGGGAAACGACAAAAAGCUCGUGACCUCUAUCGUUCCCCUCGUCGCGAGACAAGGAAGAGUUCCUUGCGAAGACCACUGAGGGAGAAGUUUUUCAAGAAGUUAGGAACCGUCGUUAUGCGAAUGUUCACCAUCGUUAACGAAUGAUCAUGACGAAGCACCGCAUCGUCAUUGAAUGUGAGAAAAGAACGACGAAAGAAGAGUGCAGGGAGCAGGCCAUUCGUCGUUGAGGCGAAUCGAGUGAGAGAAACUAGUCAAUAUAUAGCUUUACAUUGACGUAUAAACUUUUUCCAAUAGGAUAAGGAAGACACGAGGCGCGAUCGUCGAUGUACUAUGCGAAGAAACGAAUUUUGUGUACCCAUCUGCCCAUUUGCCCGCGCGAUACCUUAGUCGUUCUUAGGGAAAAGGAAGAAAAUAAAGGAUCGAUAAAAGGAGUAAUUUUGGCGAAGAUAGACACGCCAUAAGUACGAUCAUAAUGUAUAUGAGUCGCAAACAAACGCGGAAAGGAAUGCACGCGUAUAUCUCAACAAUGAAUGGCCCUGUAAGUGCUGAAGAGCAUUAAAAAGAACGUCCUUCGCUGUGAAUGAUGAUUGAUCAGCGAUCAAAGUAUCGAUGAAACGUUGGAAGAACGCAACAAAAUGAUGAAAGAAAAUUGACGUUCAAUCUAAACAGGCGAUCGACAUGACGCGUCUCGAAGCGAUAUUCCGAAUUUAGUUGGUUAAAGGAACAAAAAGAGGGGGGGAAAGGCGAUGUUAAGGUGUAUUAUAAAAGUGGUGCUUUCUCGUGCGAAGAAAAAAUAUCGGUGCAACAUUCGACAAUGGUGAGCGUGACUGAGUAGAGGACAUCGAUGUACAUGUACACACACACUCACACACGUACACUGCAUAGCGUGGCUAAGGUAUUUUUAACGAUGGAUGUGUCCUACCCACUCCCCCUAUUUAGCGCUAGCGUCCACUUCCUCGAGAAUUGAUGUCGCGUCGCGUACGAAUUAUUGUUUAAACAGAGAAAAAAAGUGUGUGUGUGUGUGUGUGAAAGAGAGAGCGAGAGAAAGAGAGAGAAACUUUAUCGUCGCGGGAACGAUGAACGAGAAUAUUAUAAACAAAGAUCUAUCAUCAUUUCGUCUUGUGAGAAAAAUGAUGGAUUAAAAGGAAAUGUCGGGCGAGCCCACCGAUGGCUGCUAAAUUAAAAUUGAAAAUGAAAGGGAGUGUGAAAGGGAGAAAGUGAGAAUGCGCGCAAGAGAGGGAGAGAUAGAGAUAGAAAGAGAGAAAGAGAGAGAGAGAGAGAGAGAGAAAAUAAACUCCAUUAUCGGUAAUAAUAUGUAUACACGAGAUAUUAUUGCAUAUUUGUGCUUGCUGGAUAUGAAUAACGGAACGUUAACUAUGUUUCUUCACCGACUAAGUGUGUAUAUCUAAAUUUAAUGCUCGUCGGUACCGAUCGUUUUCUGCUGUGUACUGAACGCCAUAUACAUCUACGUACGAAUAUUAUUUAGCACCAACCUUCGCUAAAAGAAGCCCUAUCCUAUCUCCGGUCGCGAGGUCACAUAGUGUCCAAACUUUUUUUCGCCUUCCUCUUGCACUCCCACUCCGUCCUAUUCAAAGCCUUAUAAUGAUUCUUUAUUCCAUUGCAUUAUCCCUCUAAGUUUUUCGUUUCAACCUCGAUUCCUUGUCCCUUUAUUUUCCUAUAUUUCUUCGAACAAGUCAUAGUCGCCAUUGAAUAUUUUGCAAAUAUGGCUUUAGAUGGCGCCGUUCUUAAGACGGAU